AUUCGCUAUGAACAGCCUCGUCCUUGUCUGUGUCCUCUCGAUAGUAAGUGUUAGUGCAAGUUACACCUACAAUGGGAUUUCAAUGCGAAGAUGCAAAAACUACAAGCUGGAAGAGUGCGAACCAAUGACAUCCAACAACGUGCAUUUGGUUGUUCCUGGUGAAACGAAAGUUCUGAAGAAAAAUCACUUUGGUGACGAAGAGGGGCUUAUGGACAUAACGGUGACCCCGGGCGAGUUACGCGAGUUGAAACCUUGGUGUUUUUCGAACCUACCGAGCCUCAAAAGAAUUUACUUGGGCGGAAGUCUGUUGAAAAUAAUACCUUUCGGGGUUUUUAACUCCUUGCCGGUGUAUUACGUCUACUUGGCGGGCAAUAAGAUCCACACCAUAGAGACGGAAGCAUUCGCUGACAUGGAGACUCUAAGGGAAAUUUACUUGGACAAGAACUCCUUGGUCUACUUCGAUCCUGGAUGGUUCGCCCUCGAAGGUAAAAGCAGCAACCUGGAAACUUUAAACAUUCACCACAACAAGAUUAAGUCCAUCACCAAGAAAGCUUUCUAUAAUUUCCCGAAAAUAAAAACUGUGGACUUCAGCUUCAACGAGAUUGAGUACAUAUCCGGGGAUAUAUUCAGACAUAAUGCAGACAUAACUUUGUUCGACGUCUCGUUCAACAAACUAACCACCUUGAGUCCAAAUUUAUUGGCGAACGUCAAUAAAGUAGAUAAAUUUGUGAUUGCUUUCAACUUCAUUGAUAACCUAGACAAAGAGGUCAUAGAAGAAGCCAAAGUUAAAAGUGCCAGUAUUCACCCCAACCAGUGGAUUUGUUCGUGUUUAAAAGACGUCGAAACCUCCUUAUUCAAAAAUAACGUCCAAAGUUUUUCUUCCGGGGAUACCUUCAAAAGUCGGGAAAACUUGCUCAAAUACCAGCUGCCAGUAAACACCCAGUAUUUGGCUUCAAACUUGUCCAUUUGCUACGAGACUUGGAAAACCUGCGAAGACAGCCAAUCGUCAAGUGAAAACUUGGAAGCCCAGAAGGCUUUUCAGGAGGUGUUAACCAAGACCUACGAUAAAGUAAACGUUAAGUGUACUGAAGAAAGUGGCUGUUUAGAUGGUUUGGUCUGUAGGUCCGACUACUGUUGGGCUUUAAUAAAGACUGCCUAUUAUUUUGAUAACGACCCCAUGUAUUUUGUUUGGCGAUUUUAGAGUUAGUUUUAUUUUAUAUCACAGGCAUUUGA